UCGAGCGAUCGUCUCCUCUCAUCUCAUUUCUUCAAAUUUCUUCACUAUUCUUCAUCGAUUCGAGUAGAGAGUGUCUCCUCCACGUUAAUAGAUGGAUCCCGCAGAGGAGAGGAGAGAUACAAAGAGGCAUCAGGAGUACAUAAACAUGUUGGGAAACGUUUGCGAUUCAGAAUAUGGAAUUCCAAGACGAUGUCCCUGUGGUGGGAGAAUGAUUGACGAGGUGCGGGUGAAGGAGGAGCACGAGACUCAUCCUGGAAAGCGCUUCUUCACCUGCAUAAACUACGAGGCUGAUGGGUUACAUUAUCGUCAGCCUUGGGUUGUAGGUGUCCAGGAGGAGAUCGAACAUCUGCGUAAGCGUGUGGACGAGGCUGAGGAGGUGAUCAAGUGGGUGCCCAAUCUCAAGAGACAGAUAGAGAGUGUAGAGGCACAGGUUAAAAGGCUCGCUCUGCUGGUUGAUAGGCUCACUGGUGACGUUUAUAACCUCACUGUGGAGGUGGAUACUCUGGAGAAGGUCUGCUUCGAUUAAAAUCCAAAAGGUAAACACCUGAUCUUGAACUGAACUAGAACUGAACUUGACUAGGUUGCUGGCUGAACUAGAACUGAAGUUGAGUAGGUAGGUUCCGUGUUGUAUUAAUUAAAGUGAAUUGAAGUAGAAGUAACUUCAGUGUAUUAAUUGAUAUUUUCUGAAAGUAAAGUGAUGCUCUGAAAGUGAACUGAACUAGAAGUAGUUUCCGUGUAUUAAUUGAACUAGGGUGGUUGGUGGCAGUGAUGAAUGCUCUGAAAGUGAUGUGAUGCUCUGAUAGUGGUUGUGUUUUGAUGAAUGCUAUCUGUUUUCGUGGUUGGUAGUUAGAAACUUUAA